GGUGCGGCAGCGGCCGCAGCAGGAUGGAGCCUCCGGUUUCCUGCAGUGUUGCUUUUCCGGAUUAGCCGCUACUUAAAGCGUGUUCUGUGCGCGAGCGGCGCGCGGAGCCGCCUGCAGCCGGCCCGCGUCAGGUGGAUGCGCCUGCGGUGAUCCAGGUCGCCCCUAUGGAUCCGCGUCCAUGGAUGUCUCCAAGCCCGCUUUGGACAGUAGUUUGAGUCCCAAGGCGGAAGAAGCAGAGGCAGAUGUUUUCCGCUGGCCCGCCCCGGAGGACGGCGGCGGCGCGCCGGACGCGGGACCCGCCGCCCCGGGAUUCUGGACCGCCGUCUUCGACUAUGAAGCCACUGCGGAGGACGAGCUCAGCCUGCGCAGGGGCGACCUGGUGGAGGUCCUGUCCAAGGACUCCCUGGUGUCGGGGGACGAGGGCUGGUGGACCGGGAUGAUCGCGGACCGGGUCGGGAUCUUCCCCUCCAACUACGUGAGCAGAGGGAGCCGCAUCCCGGAGGACGGCGCGGAGCGGCGGCAGUACGCGGUGCCUCCUCUGCACCUCUUGGAGAUCGACUUCUCCGAGCUCACCCUGGAAGAGAUCAUCGGGGUCGGCGGCUUCGGGAAAGUGUACCGCGCGGUGUGGCGGGGCGCCGAGGUGGCGGUGAAGGCGGCGCGGCGGGACCCGGACGAGGACCCGGAGCAGACCCUGGAGAGCGUCCGGCAGGAGGCCAAGCUCUUCGCCAUGCUCAGCCACCCCAACAUCAUGGCCCUGCUGGGCGUGUGUCUGCAGGAGCCCAACCUGUGCCUGGUCAUGGAGUACGCCCGGGGCGGCCCGCUCAACCGGGCGCUGGCGGGGAAGCGCAUCCCGCCGUGCACGCUGGUGGACUGGGCGGUGCAGAUCGCCCGGGGCAUGCACUACCUGCACAGCCAGGCCAUCGUCCCCAUCAUCCACCGGGACCUCAAGUCCAGCAACAUCCUGAUCCUCGAGAGGGUGGAGAUGGAGGACCUCAGCAACAAGACCCUAAAGAUCACAGACUUCGGUCUGGCUCGCGAGUGGCACCGCACCACCAAGAUGAGCGCCGCCGGCACCUACGCCUGGAUGGCCCCCGAGGUCAUCCGCUCGUCCACGUUCUCCAAGGGUAGCGACGUCUGGAGUUACGGCGUGCUGCUGUGGGAGCUGCUGACCGGAGAGGUCCCGUUUCGAGGCAUCGACGGCCUGGCCGUGGCCUACGGCGUCGCCAUGAACAAACUGGCCCUGCCCAUUCCUUCAACCUGCCCCGAGCCUUUCGCACGCCUCAUGGAGGACUGCUGGAGCUCGGACCCCCACUGCCGGCCGCACUUCACCACCGUGUUGGACCAUCUGACGGCCAUCGAGGAGUCGGGCUUCUUCGAGAUGCCGGCCGAGUCUUUCCACUCUCUGCAGGACGACUGGAAACUGGAGAUCCAGGAAAUGUUUGAUCAGCUGAGGACCAAGGAGAAGGAGCUGCGGUCGUGGGAGGAAGAGCUGACCCGCGCCGCGCUGCAGCAGAAGUGUCAGGAGGAGGCGUUGAGGAGGCGCGAGCAGGAGCUGGCGGAGCGGGAGAUCCACAUCCUGGAGCGCGAGCUCAACAUCAUCAUCCACCAGCUGUACCGGGAGAAGCCGCACGUGGAGAGCAGGCAGGGCAAGUUUCGCCGCAGCCGCCUUAAGCUCAAGGAUGGGAACAGGAUCAGCCUGCCUUCAGAUUUCCAGCACAAAAUCACGGUGCAGGCGUCUCCCUCUCACGACCGGCGGAGGAGUUUGCUGAGCAGCGGUUCGAGUCCUCCGACCAGCCCGCCGAUGCUGCCUCGCCUCAGAGCCAUCCAGCUGACUCCGGCGGACGGCUGCGCGGUCUGGGGGCGCGGUGCGGGCUUCCAGCAGGACGAGGAGGAGUGCGAGAGGAAGGGCUCCAGGAAGAAGGGCCGGUCGCGCGGGUGCGGCCCCUACAGGGAGCACAGCGCCGACGCCAGUGUGAAGCCCCCCCACGAGGGCAGCAGGCAGCGCUCCUGCAGCGCCCCCAACCUCCGCAGAUCCCCCAGACACAGCCCCGCCGUGCCCGGAGUGCCCAGCCUGGUGGAGAUGGAAAAUGAAGAUUGCUGCUUUACCACGGAGCCGGGAGCCGCUCCCGGACAGUCCUACCUCUGCAUUCCCUUCCACAAGGAUGCUACCGCCGCCGCCGCCGAGGCGGAGGGGGAGGAGUACUGCAUCAGCAGCCAGGUGCCCGGGACCCCCCCCUGCAGGAAGAGCCCGGGGGGGGGCCGGCGCUCCGAGCUGGUGCUGCUGGGCUGCGGGGCGCUGCUGGCGGCGGUCGGCCUGGGCUACAACCUCCUGGCCUUGGCUCAGCCGGAGGAGAACAUCAAGCCGCGGUGGGACGGCUUCUUCCACAAAGCGGGGGGCCAGAGACGCGCCUGCAGCCCCCCCACGCGCAGACUGUUCCGGCGGGAGAGCCCGCUGAAGCCCCAGCCGCCCCCCCUGCCCUCCUCCUACACGCUGCUGUCCCUGUCGUCGGUGUCCGACUGUAACUCCACUCGCUCGCUGCUGCGCUCCGACAGCGAGGAGCUGCUGGUGUGCCGGCCCGCCACCCCCCCGGCCAAACCCCCUCCCGCCCCGGUCAACCCGCUGGUCAACACUUACCUGGAGAGCUUCAAGCGUAACCCCCGCCAGUCCCUCACGCCCACACACGUGCCCUCGGCCCCCGCCUCGUCCCGGAGCCUCCGCCGGACCCCGUCGGACGGAGCCAUCAAGAAGAGCUGCCCCCCCAGUCUGGAGCCGCUGCCGGAGAAAGCCCCCCUGGAGAACAUAGCUGCGACGGGCGUCUUCAGAGGUUUGAAGGAAGACUGCUCUGAGGUCCCCCGUCUCCCGGAUCCCAAUGUGGUCUUCCCCCCGACGCCUCGCCGCCGCUGUGCCCCGGAGCGCCCCAAAACGCUGGACUUUGUGGCCCGGCCUCGGCCCUCCCCUCGGGCGCGCUCCGACGUGUUCUGGGCCGAGACGAGGCCCAGGGGCAACGGACAGGUCCUGGGGAGCGGCGAGUCCCCGGCCAACACCUCCAGCACAGAGACUCCGCCCACUGUGGAGUUUGGGAGAGACCCGGCGGUGCCGCCGACCCCCCUGGAGGCCCCCACGCCCUACUCGCCCCACAGGAACCAGAACCUGCUGGACCAGCAGGACGAGGGUCAGUGUCGGGACGGCACGCUGCCCCUCUGCAGGCCCGAGAGCAGCUUCCCCAAAGACUCGCCCUACCGCUACAAGCCGGGCUUCUGGUCCUGACUCGGCAGGGUCCAACACACCGAGGUGACCGGACCCGGACCCAGACCCGGAUUAUCACAACGGGGUCACUUCAUAUUUCUGAAAUGAAUCUGGGAUCAGUUCAGUGAAUCACUGAAUGGUCACUGAAUCACAUUUACUGUGAAUGUUUCACUUUUCUUUCUCUUAUUUGUUUGUAAAUCUUUGAAUUUGGUAUC